AUGCCUUCUAGCGAGUCCAGUACUUCAGAUAUGCGUAGCACAUCUUCCACCCGCUCGACGUCUGCCGGUUUGAUCUCUCGAACAUUGUAUCUCCGCGACUGUGAGACGCCGGCUGAGAUGUGGUUGACCGGCGUCUCACAGUCCCAGGUCGGUUACCGUCGACCAGUGACCGAGCGUGUUGAGGUCCAUGUCGGAAAUCAAGAACGUGCAGUGAAAAACCCAUGUCGGUGGUAA